AUGCGCAUCUCGCGGCUCUUGCCCGCCCUCGCAGCACUAGCCUCUGGCGCCAGCCUCGCCAGCGCCACGACGCCCGUCGACGGCGCUGCCCCGCAGAGGGCCUUCCUCUCGCCCGAGCAGCUCGCCGCCGCAGAGGGCGUUGAGAGCCAUGCCUACCAGUCGGACAUCGCUCGCCUCAUGCGCGUCGUUGUCUCUCACCUGUACCAUGACCGCGACGUCUUUGUGCGCGAGCUCUUGUCCAACGCCAACGACGCGCUCGAGAAGGUCCGCCUCAUGGCCCUCACCAACCCGUCGAUCCUCGCGCCGGCCGAGAACCUCAACGUCACGGUCCUCGCCGACGCAGAGAGCGGUCGCAUCGUCAUCCGGGACUCGGGCGUCGGCAUGACCAAGGAGCAGCUCGCGUCCAACCUCGGCACGAUCGCGCGCUCGGGCACGUCCGAGUUCCUCGAGAACCUCGAGAAGGGCGACGGCGGCAACCUGAUCGGCCAAUUCGGCCUCGGCUUCUACUCGUCGUUCCUCGUUGCCGACCGUGUCGCCGUCGCGAGCAAGACGGCCGACGAGGACGAGCAGUGGGUCUUCGAGAGCGAGGCCAACGCCGAGGGCUUCAAGAUCGUCAAGGACCCGCGCGGCGCCACGCUCGGUCGCGGUACCGAGAUCACGCUCUACCUCAAGCCGGACGCCCAGGGCGACUACCUCGACGUCGCCAAGCUCCGCAGCCUCAUCCAGAAGCACGCCGAGUACAACGCCGCCCCGAUCUACCUGUGGUCGAGCGCGCUCCUCGACCCGGCCGCCGCAGCUUCGACCGCCGCAGCCGUCGCCGAGGGCGAGGACGACGAGGUCAAGGUCGAGGACAUCGACGAGGCGGCGCAGACGACCAAGGCCGAGUGGGAGCUCAUCAACGACCGCCCGCCUCUGUGGAUGCGCGAGCCCAAGGACGUGACCGAGGCCGAGUACGAGGACUUCUACGUCAAGACGUUCAAGGACAGCGAGCCGCCGCUCGCGUGGUCGCACUUCAAGGGCGACGCCGGCUCGACGACGUUCCGCGCCCUCAUCUACAUCCCGUCGGGCCUCCCCAACGACUUUUACUCGAAGGACUACGUCUCGCUCGACUCGCUCAAGCUCUUCGUCCGCCGCGUCUUUAUCACGUCCGACCUGGGCAAGGACUACCUCGAGAAGCACCUGAACUGGGUCAAGGUCUUUAUCGACGUCGACGACCUGCCGCUCAACGUCGGGCGCGACAGCCUCCAGAAGACGCGCGCGCUCGCCCAGAUCAAGCGCAACCUGCAGAAGCGCAUCUACGACCUGUUCGCGCGCCUCGCGGCCGAGGACGAGGCCAAGUACGCCGAGCUGUACUCGAAGGCGGGCACGGCGCUCAAGGUCGGCGCCGUCGAGGACGCCAAGAACCGCGACCGCAUCGUCAAGCUCCUCCGGUUCGAGACGUCGGCGCUCAACGGCACGACGACCAACCUCGACGACGUCGUCAAGCGCCGCAAGCAGGGCCAGACCCAGAUCUACUUCAUCGCCGGCGCCGGUCAGCAGAAGGCCAUGCUCCAGAAGAGCGCGUUCGUCGAGCGCAUCCUCGCCCGUGGGUACGAGGUCCUGUACCUCACCGACCCGAUCGACGAGAUGCUCGUCAGCACGGUCCCGACCUACGGCGGCCUGCGCUUCCAGGACGUCGCCAAGGAGGGCGUCACGUUCGGCGACGAGGAUGACUCGGAGAAGGACGAGGCCGAGGAGCUCAAGACGACGUUCGCGCCUCUCGCCGCCUACCUCAAGAAGGAGCUCGCCGAAUACGUCGACAAGGUCACCAUCUCGACGCGCCUGACGACCUCGCCCUGCCUCGUCACGGCGUCCAACUUUGGCUACUCGGGCAACAUGGAGCGCCUCCUCGCGGCGCAGAACGGCCAGCAGGGCGGCGAGAACUUUAUGCUCAACUUUGCGCGCAUGCAGAAGAAGAACUUUGAGCUCAACCCGAAACACCCGCUCAUCGAGCGCCUGCUCGAGAAGGUCGAGGAGGCGGGCGACGACGAGGAGGCGCUCGACGAGCUCAAGGAGAGCGUGACCGUCCUCUGGCAAACCGCGAUGCUCAAGAGCCAGUACACGCUCGACGACCCGGGCGCCUACUUCAACCUGAUCGAGGUCAUGCUGCGCCGGUCGCUCGGCGUCUCGCAGUCGGCCGAGGCCGAGGUCGAGGUCAAGCCCGCCCCGCCCGUCGACACUGCGCCGCCCCCGACCGAGCCGCCUCCCUCGCCCGCCGACAACGAGGACCUCCUCGACCAGCUCGAGAUGGCCGACGCGUCGCGCGAGCCCGAGCCGGCCGACGCCCCGAGCGCCAAGUGGGUCGACUGGAGCAAGGUCAAGGACUCGGUGCGCGACGGCGUCGUCGACACGGUCAAGGCGGUCGUGCCGGACCUCGACACGGACGGGCCGGUCAUUCGCCCGAGCCACGAGGAGCUCUGAGCGAGACGGUCGGGCGCGGUGGAGGGAGACGCAGCGACGCGAGGGAGGGAGCGAGUCGCAAGGAGGCGCAACGCAAAGUUCUCGAAAUCACAAUCUGAAGUAUUCCCCU